UACACCUAGAGCAGCCGUGAGAGAGAUAUGAGAACAGCUGCACUGGAUAGCACUGAAGAACGGUGGAGUACAACUUAAAUUAAAAAAGAAUCAAAAGAAAGCAAAAUAACUCAAACAACCCUGGAGGAGCCAGAGAAGGAGACUACACAGCACGAGCAUGAGGCCAUGAUGAGCUGUGCUCAGGCUGGACCGGAGGAGAGCUCUGGUAAUGCCAGUGCUAAUACUAACACCAGCCUCAACAGUACCAGCAAUGAUGAGUUGGAGUGCAAAAUCUGCUACCAGCGCUUCAAUGCACACAGCCGCAAGCCCAAGAUUCUGGACUGCUUGCAUCGCGUGUGCGCCAGAUGCCUCCAUAAGAUCCUGGACAUGGGAGAUGGCUCCACCUCCAUCAGCUGCCCUUUCUGCCGACACGAGACGCAGAUCAGUGAGUACGAAGUGGCUGGGUUGCCAGAUGACUCAAUAAUCAUGACUCGUCUGGCUAUGCGGGACAAGUCCUGGAGCUCAGACCACAGUAAGGAGGUAGUAUUGACGCCCAAGAGCCUGUCCUCCAACGACAGCCCAUCCCACGACUCCUCCAACUGCCUGGUCAUCACCAUCAUGGAGGUGCAACGGGACCAGCAGCGCUCACCCAGUCAAAAUGCCAGCUCGGAUUACUACGGCGACCACAGUGUGGAUUCAGUCUCUGUAGCAUCCAACAGCGGUGCCAUGAACCAAGACACUCUGUCCAAGUUCUGCAAUCACGUGCCGCGAGUCUUGGUGUGGCUGCUGGGCUUUUUCUAUUUUGGUUCGCUGCCACUUGGCAUCUACUUGCUGGUGAUCCAGAGAGUGACCCUGGGGAUUGUGUGCGUGAGUCUAGUGCCAUCCAGUCUGACAGUCUGUCUAGUCUACGGCUUCUGCCAGUGUCUGUGCAAGGGCAUGUGCGACUGCUCCAACAGGGGUUGACUGGUACAAAACAGGCCAGAGAAAAUCAUAGGCUACAUCAUCUCACUAUACAGAGAGGAGAUAAAAAAUAAGCUCUAGGCAUCUGAAUAUCCUCGCUGCAAAUCAAAUGCAAUUUGUACCAUUUUGCUAUGAAGGGAUGUGUACAAGCAGCUGCGAUAAGAGUAUGAGUCAAGCAUUAAAGAGGAAGGUCAGUCUGGAGGAAAACUGAUUGGCUUAAUACAGUUUCUGCACAUACCCAUCAAGCUCAUUCUGAAGGAAAAAAGCUGAACUUUUGAAACGUUCUCCGUGCAGAGCAGAUGAUGAUGCACAAGUGGGUGUUUAUCAAAGUCAGGCAGAGCGGAUGUGCCAUAUAGAAUAACGUUUUAUCGUGGUUGAUUUUCAUCCCUGGGAAAGAAAC